AUGGCCAAAAAUUUGAAUUUACGCUAUAUUCUGGAUACUAACAAGUUAACUGGACCAAACUUCACGGAUUGGUAUAGGAAUGUAAAAAUAGUUUUAUGUUCUGAAAAGAAAGCAUAUGUUCUGGAUUCUCCUGUUCCUGUUGCCCUUGCUGAAGGGCAAGAUGGGUAUGACCAGUAUGACUGGGAAGCUCAUAGACAGCAUUUGGCAGACAAUGAGCAGGCAGUAUGUAUAUUGCUUGCGUCUAUGUUCUCGGAGCUUCAGCGUCAGCACGAGUAUAUGGAUGCUCCCUCCAUAAUCUUACAUCUUCAUGAGGUUUAUGAUAAGCAAGGGAGGGAUGAGCGUUAA